ACUCUUAGUGCUGCGAUGCGAUGAUCGUCGUUCCUCAGACGACGACCGUCAAUAUGGUGCUCGCGUUCCUGGUUCUACUGCUGUUAUUUGCUCCUGUUGCCGUCAGCCAACAAGGUUUCCUGAGCAUCGACUGCGGCCUGGACGCCAGCUACAGCGGGUACAAGGACAAGGUCACCGGCAUCGUCUACGUCUCCGACGGUUCCUACGUGGACGCCGGCGAGAACCACAGGAUAGCCCCCGACCUGGAGGGCUCGUUCCAGGGAAGGGCUCAGACGCUAAGGAGCUUCCCGUCCGGGCAGCGGAACUGCUACUUGCUCCCCACCGUGGCUGGGACCAGGUACCUGGCGCGGGCCACCUUCGCGUACGGCAAUUACGACGGCAAGAACAGCUCGGCGCUGGAGUUCGACCUGCACCUGGGCGCCAACUACUGGCAGACGGUCUACCCGAACGCGCGGAGCAGCGACGUGUACGAGGCGGUCUUCGUCGCGUGGGCCGGGUGGGCGCCGUGGUGCCUCGUCAACACCGGCCACGGCACGCCGUUCGUGUCCGUCUUGGAGCUCAGGCCGCUCGGAGCCGAGCUAUACCCACUGGUCACACCCGGCCUGGUCGUAUCCAUGUUUGCACGCAUAAACAUGGGGGGCAGCGUUUCAAUGACGCGGUAUCCUGACGAUCCGUACGACCGUUUCUGGUGGGCGAUGGACGAAGCUAGCCCACGGUGGGUGAACCUGUCGACCACGCGGCCCAUUCAACCGGACACCAGCUCCUACGCCGUGCCCUCUCGCAUCCUGCAGACAGCCGUCGCCGCGGCAUCGGACAACGAUACGGCGGCGGCGCUCACCGCCGUGACCUGGCAGUACUAAACCAAGUACUCGUUCAUGAUAUUCCUGCACUUCACCGACUUCCAGGACACCCAGCUUCGACAGUUUGAUAUCCUCAUCAACGAGAACCAAUCUGGGCCGAAGCUCACGGCGUACAACGACACGUGGUACCUGACUCCAACCCAUGUGCACACCAAAUCCUACAGGGCUGACGACGGCAAGUACAACGUCACUCUUGCUGCAACCAAAGCCUCCGUGCUGCCUCCGAUGAUCAAUGCGCUGGAGAUCUACAUUCGUGUCCCUUAUGAGAGUCCGACGACACUCCCUCAAGACUUUGACGCCAUCGUGGCUAUCAAAACUGAGUAUGGACUCAGCAGAAACUGGAUGGGUGAUCCAUGUUUUCCAAUCAAAUAUGCUUGGGACGGUGUGAAAUGCAGCAACGCAAGUGGUAACACAUCGAGGAUAACAUCACUAGACCUCUCCAACAGCUCUUUGCAUGGCACAAUUUCUAAGAACUUUACACUGCUCACAGCACUCGAGAAUUUGGAUUUAUCUUACAACAAGUUGAUCGGAUCAAUACCUGAUUCCCUGCCAAGUUUGCCUUCCCUACGAGUUCUAAAUGUAUCUGGCAACCAGCUGAGUGACGAAUCCCUAUGUAAAAAUUAUACUGGACCACUUAUUUUCAGCCGUGAUUUUGAUGGCUCUGCAUGCAACAAACCUUCCCCCAGCCCGUCAAGAAAUAAAGUAGCUAUAAUAGCUAUUUCAGUAGUGGUUCCUGUGUUAGUACUAAUUGUACUACUUUUUACAUAUUUCAUCUGGUGGGCGAAAAGAAAGUCUAAUGUGCAACCAGUACCCACACAUGGCCCAACAAGAGAUCCAGAACCUGAUAAUGUUUCAGGAAGCCAAAAAAGUUAUGGCUACAACAUGAAUAAAACUGAGAAUCGUCAGUUCACAUACAAAGAGCUGGAGAAGUUCACUAAUAAUUUCAAGAAGUUCAUAGGACAAGGAGGUUUUGGGCCUGUCUACUAUGGCCGCUUGGAAGAUGAUACUGAGGUUGCUGUCAAGAUGCGUUCUGAAUCAUCGUCACAUGGGCUUGAUGAAUUUUUAGCUGAGGUUCAGAGCUUAACAAAGGUGCAUCACAGGAAUCUAGUGUCCUUGAUUGGUUACUGCUGGGAAAAAGAUCAUUUGGCACUGGUUUAUGAGUACAUGUCUCAGGGCAGUCUUUUUGAUCAUCUGAGAGGUAAAAAUGGUGUUUCCCAAGCCUUGAAUUGGAGGAAACGUGUGCAAGUAGUGCUUGAAGCUGCACAAGGCCUGGAUUAUCUGCACAAGGGUUGCAGUUUGCCAAUAGUCCACCGUGAUGUGAAGACCAACAACAUUCUCCUGGGUCAAAAUCUGCAAGCUAAAAUAGCAGAUUUUGGACUUUCCAAGACAUAUUUGAGCGAUACACAAACUCACAUAUCAGUCACUCCAGCUGGCACAGCUGGUUACAUGGACCCUGAGUACUACCUGACCGGAAGGCUCAGUGAGAGCAGCGACGUGUACAGCUUCGGAGUUGUUCUGCUUGAGGUAGCCACAGGCGAGGCCCCGACAGUGCCAGGCCGAGGCCACGUCAUUCAGCGCGUUAAACAGAAGGUUGCCACCGGCGACGUUGGCUCGAUCGCUGAUUCGCGACUUGGAAGCGCUUACGACAUCAGCUCCAUGUGGAAGGUAAUCGACACCGCUGUGAUGUGCACCGCGGAUUCUGCUGCUCAGAGGCCAACGAUGGCCACAGUUGUGGUACAGCUGAAGGAGAGCCUGGCGUUGGAGGAAACUCGUGAGAAGGGCAGCAGCAACAGGGUGAGCCGAGGGAGUGAUAUAGAAGCUAUGGCGUCCACACUUGGUCCAUUCGCAAGAUGAAGCUAUGCCUGUACCUGGAUUCAGUUCAUGGUUGACGUCCCUACUAAAACUGUGUAUGGUCACCUAAAAUAAUAUUUUGCACUGUAAAAUGUAUUAUUUGCAGAGUGAAGUUUUAAUAUGGAUAUGAGAAUAGGUAAACUGCCGAAGAUAACAUAAAUGUCUGCAGUGGCUUGUAUGUGUAUGGAAUUUGAGAAUCCGCGCUUGUGAGCCGGGUAAUAAGGGGCGUGUUUGGUUCGGCUUU